AUGGCAGUAACAACAUUCCAAGUGGGAAAAAGAAUUACCUACAGCGAGGAGGGUUUUUCUGGAUUUGAUGAGGUUGGACAGUAUGAUGCAAGGCUGAUUUUAUUUGGGAUAGGGACUGGUUUAUGGAGCAGGGUUGUUUUGGCACAGGUUAUGGCACGAAUUAUGCAGGGCUGGAUUUUUGUUGUUUUAUGGACAAUCCUUAGCAAGGAUUUCCUCUGUUUGGAAUAUGUUUUGGAGGUUUGUGGACAAUUUAGCAGGGCUGCAGGUCAAAGUGGAGGGCUAAAUUUGUGGGCAACAACUUUGGCUUGUAUGGAAUUAUUGCAAGAACCAUUUUUUUGGGAAUUGUUUUGGACAUAA